GCAUUUAGUUAAAAGUGCAACAACAAACUUUUUAAUCAGGAUUUAAAACAAAAAGUUCAUAACCGACACGUGUUUUUAGAGGAAUUCCCACUAAAUAGGUAUGUAAGCUGAAAUGAUAAAAAAACAUGCAACCCAUGUUAACCAUAUGGCGUAUUAGCCACCAAUUCGACUAAAUACACGAUAUCAAAACAAAACCAUGGCUUGCAACAUUGAAAAGGAAGAAAAAUCGGUGUACAGAGUACUUUCAAUGUACUUAAACCAUGCUGAGAAGUCUGGGGACUACGUAAAAGGUUCAGUUGAUGGGAAAGAAAGAUUGGAAUUGUUUCUUAGCGAAUACAAUCAGUCUGCAAGAACAAAGUUCAUUAUACGUUCUUCAUGUAAGAAGAAUAAAGAAUUCAAUCUCGGUGAUGCAAACACAGCAACAGAAUCCUGUACUCGGUAUGGUCGAGCAGAUCGAAUUUACUGGGAGUUCAACAAUCGAAAUCUAAUUGUUCCAUUUUGCGGAAUGCCUUUUGUUACAAAAAGUUCCCAAGUUAAACAUUGUCAGUUUGGUGCUCAAUAUUAUAAACUUAAAGAAGAAAAGCAGUCAAAACUAACUCAAUCCUGCCAUGUUGCUGAUGCUCAUAUGACUUCACAUAAUGAUCAGGCUGUUCAGAUUUCAUCCCAAAAGCGAAGACGCUUAAAGCCAUCAAAGAAAAGAAACUGCCCAGCUUGCAUGUAUAUUCGGGAAGUUGUACUGUUUCCUGAUUUUGCCCUGACAACCACCUCAUGCACCGUGUCAAAACAUGUUUUAAGGAAAAAUAAAUCAACAAUAAUUCAUGAUUUAAAGCAAGCGAUGGGUGAACGGAAACUUAACACUAUACACAGGUAUUUUGUCCAAGUUCCCCUUCCAGAAGCUCAUUCAGAACAUCCUCACGACACUCAGUCAUCAACUGUGAGGAUAAUUGAUCCUUUUGUAAGAGAGAAAAUUGAUGAACUUCUGGCUGUUGGUGUAUAUGAGCUGAGACAUAUCCAGCUAAUUGUGCAUGAUUACGUGAAUGAAAUCAUUGUGAAAAAACAGAUGUCAGGGUAUCCUGUCAACACCCAGUCAUAUCCUUCCGCUCAGGAUAUCAACGAUUAUAUUUACCUUUCAUCAAUUUCAAAGCAAAGUUCAUCCGGAGAAGAAGAGGAAGAGUGUGAAAGCACUGUAGAACGAUCUCAGGUACAAGAUGAGAUGGAGAAGAGCAUCCAAGAGUUAAUGGGACUUCUGCAGUCAUGUAGUGAUAGCACAACACUGUCUAAAGCGAAAAAAGAGAUGAAGAAAGUCAUCCAGAAGAUGAAACGAUGCGGUCCAGUUGCCAAAAACUUCCAACGAAGGCCACGUAAGCGAAACUAUCCAACAAAAGUCAUCUUGGCUGCUGAGCAGGUAAAAAGGCCUCGUAUUUCACAAAGUUUUACCCAUAGCCAACCAUCAUGUGUUCAAAUCAUCACCACCUCAGUGCCCCAAGUCCCACAAACAAUAGUUUCAAACUCUGGAGAUAUAUUGUGUGGGAACAGUAUGAGCAGAGAAAUGAUGCACGAUGUCAUGUUGCCAUUUAACGGCAGUUUAAACUCACUUCAAACGCAUGUGGACAUGAUGCCAACAUUCAGUAGAUUAAUGGAGGAUGAUCAUGAUCUAAUGCCAUCACUCGUUGACAGAGUAGUUGGUCCAGAUCCACAUUUUCAUCCUCAAUUACAAGACCUUGGCCAUCUGCACGAUGAAAGAUUAAACUCAGUUUCACAUUAAUUUUUAUGAAGUUUCCAGUGUGUUUGUGUAUUUCACGCCUUAUGUUCCAAUUUGCCUGACAUACAUAUUGUUUCCGUUUUUUCUAUUUUCUUGUUAACAUUCACUUAAACCAUGUCUCUUCAUUUUUAUCGCCAUACAUACUUUGACUAAUUUUGUCAUUUACCCUGAAAAUAAAAAACAUAGUAGCAAAUUA